AUGGCUUCAGUAUCGAGGGUUCCUCUGAUAUGGAUAGAUUGCGAGAUGACUGGCUUAGAUACCAGCAAGGACACCAUCAUGUCUCUUGCGGCUUUCGUCACUGAUGCAGACCUAAAUAUCCUGGACGAGAAUGGCUAUGAAGCCAUCAUUCAUCACGACAAAGAGCAACUUGACCAGAUGGGCGAGUGGUGCACAAGACACCACGGCGAUUCAGGGCUGACACAAGCUUGUCUCGACUCUACCACCACGGCAGAGGCGGCUGCUGAGGGCUUGUUGCAGUAUAUCAAAAGAUUUGCGCCGGAGCGCCGCACUGCGCUCAUUGCUGGCAACUCUAUUCAUGCCGAUCGAGGAUUCCUUGUGCUACCACCAUACAAGCCAAUCAUCGAUCACCUUCAUUACAGGAUUUUUGAUGUCAGCAGCAUCAAAGAAGCUGCACGUAGAUGGGCACCGAAAGAGACUCUCAAAAGGAUACCGAGGAAGCAGAUGCUACAUGAGGCGAGAGCGGAUAUCCUGGAAAGCAUUGAAGAAGCCAGGUUCUACCGCGAAGCGUUUUUUUCUGAAAAAGGAAGUGGAUGCGGGGCAGAAAUGAUAUACUCAAGCUGA